UGUUAGUUAUUUGUACGGAUUCUCUAGAGCUUCGAAAGAAUCGAAGUCAAGCUUCCGUUGGAGUGCAUGGAACGAAACAUGCUCGUCUGCGGCGGCCGCAAUUUGCCGGCAAAGACGACUGUGGCAGUGGCCGUCAAAGGCAACGGCGGCGGCCGCGGGGGAAACGGAAGCUGUCGGGCUGUCCGGUGGGCGGUGGAGAACCUCAUGCCCAAGGCCGAUCGUUUCGUCCUCAUCCACGUCGUGCCUAGAAUCACUUCAGUUCCUACUCUAUCUGGAGCCAAUAUCCCCAUUGAGCAACUGGAUACCCAUGUGGUGGAAAUGUAUAUGAAGGACGCAAAAGAAGAGUUUCAGAAGAUAUUUUUACCAUUUAAGAAACUAUGCAAAAGAAAAAAGAUUGAAACUUUGGUGCUGGAAGGUGACAAUCCUGCAUCAGUACUUCUUAAAUAUGUUACCGACUCUGGUGUAAGUAGUUUAGUGUUGGGCUCCUGCACUUCUUGUUUUCUCACAAGUUUCAUGGUCAGGAAGCUAGAAGAUUCUCUCGUGCCAUCAGCAGUCCUAAAAAAGGCUCCUAAAGCUUGCAGUAUUUAUAUUGUGUCAAGACAAAGGCUCAUCACAAAUUCUGUCACCCCCUUGUCAAGGGGUGAGAACAGCUCUAGACAGUGGUGGUUUACCUGUAGAGACCUCAGUUCUCUACGCAUCUACAAGUUAAAUGGUGGCCACCGUUCUUCCACAGUGGAUUGUGGAGUUACUGACACAGUGUCAUUAGUGUCCGAUAUUAGUCGCUCGUCACAGGGGUACCCCAAUCAUUCUGGCCCAUUCCAAGAAAGAAAUCAUCGGAACUGGGGAAAUAGUAGCCGAGAAAUUGAGGCAUUAGUUGCUGGCCAUUAUUCUUCCCCAGUGGAUUGUGAAGUUAAUGAGAUAGCGUCAUCUGUGUUGGAUCUUAGUCACUUUAAUUCAGUGAGAUAUCCCAACCAUUCUGGUCCACUCCCAGAAGGAAAUCAUCAAAACUCGGGGAAUAGUACCAUAGACAUUGAGGCAUUCAAUGAACGUUCUUCCGUGGCUUCUAAUGACACAAAGCAGUCGGAUGUGCAGGCAGAGGUAGAAAAAAUGCGUUUAGAAUUCAUGAACACUCGUGGCAUGUACUAUCGAGCUCGUGAGGACCUUAUCCAUACCCAAAAGGAGGUUCACUAUCUUUUUUCUAAAUGCCUUGAAGAAGAAAGACAAGUAGAUGCUGCCUUGAAAAGAGAAAGAGCUUAUAAGAAAAUUGCUGCAGAAGAUAAAAGGAAGCAUUUGGAAGCCGUAGAGGUGAUUGAGAUGGCAAAAAAAUUGCUUGGUAAAGAGGCUUAUGAAAAGAAAAUAGCCGAAAGGAUAGCUGAGAGAGAAUCUUUGGAGAAGAAGAAAAUCAUGGAUGCACUCUUGUCAAAUGACAGAAGGUACAGAAGGUACACAAGGAAUGACAUAGAGAGAGCUACUGAUUCCUUCUCUGAGGCUAAGAUGAUUGGUGAAGGAUCAUACGGCAAAGUUUACAGAUGUGAACUCGAUAAAACCCCGGUAGCUGUCAAAGUUCUGCAUUGUUCUGAUGCAACGGAGAAGAAAAAGGAAUUUCUGACAGAGAUUGAAGUUCUUAGCCAGUUACGCCACCCACACAUGGUUUUACUGCUUGGAGCCUGUCCAGAGAUUGGUUGCUUAGUAUUUGAAUAUAUGGAAAACGGAAGCCUAGAAGAUUUCGUUUCUGAUCAAAGCAGCAGGGAUCCUCUUCCUUGGUUUGUUCGAUUUCGGAUAGCAUUUGAAGUAGCUUGUGGGCUUGCAUUUUUACACAACUCGAAACCACACCCUAUUAUUCAUCGAGAUCUAAAACCGGGAAAUAUAUUUUUGGACAGAAAUUAUGUGAGCAAAAUUGGUGAUGUGGGAUUGGCUAAACUCGUUUCAGAUGUUACGCCUGACAAUAUUACACAGUAUAGGGAUUCCACUGUAUUUGGUACUCUUCACUAUGUGGAUCCAGAGUAUCACAGAACCGGAACUGUCCGACCUAAGUCUGAUCUAUAUGCUUUUGGGAUCAUUGUCCUCCAAUUGCUGGCUGCACAACACCCAGAUGGGCUUUUGUUAAACUUUGAAACUGCUCUUUCCAAUGGUUUGCUGUCUGACAUACUGGACAUAUCUAUACCAGAUUGGCCUUUUACCGAAGCUGAGGAACUAGCACAGAUGGCCCUGAGAUGCUCCAGCCUUCGGUGCAGAGAUAGGCCAGAUCUUGAAACUGAAGUUUUGCCGCUUUUGAAGAAACUUGCUGAUAUGGCAGAUGUUGCUUCAAGGGUACAGAGGAAUAUUAUUCAUGCACCUAACCACUUUUUCUGCCCAAUACUUCAGGAAGUAAUGGAGGAUCCAUACGUUGCCGCUGAUGGUUUUACAUACGAGCACAGAGCAAUCAAAGCAUGGCUUGCGAGACACAGUUUAUCUCCGGUAACAAAGCUUAGGCUGGAGCAUAAAGUGAUUAUUCAAAACAAUACAUUACGUUCCGCCAUAGAGGAUUGGAGAUUUGGAGGUCACACAUAACAUCCUCGUCCGGUUAAGUAUUCGUAGUUGCUGUGUAUAAAUUGAAGCUAGCAUUUUAUUCCACAUACCAAAGUGUCAAGUGAAGAACUUUCUAUGUAAAUAAUUGCGACAUAAGAUAACUCACAGGAAGAACCUAUUGUUACGACUA